GAUCAACUUUUCUACUAGUAUAAUUUUUUAUUAUUAUUAAUAUUGCUACUCCCCCUGGAAAGGAUGAUAAUCCAACACAAGAUGCUGUAAGUACUCUGCCUGCCAUCCCCCAACAUUUUGUCCAUUGUGUGAACAGUUUCCUGUCACACACCAAUUUAUUUUUUUUGGCUGGGCUGCUUGCUUGAAUAUCCCUUCUUUUUCUUCUUCAGGACAAUCCUUCCAUCUCAAGAGAUUGUAGUUAUGGUAUCAGAAAUGAUUCACACCGCUAGCUUGGUACAUGAUGAUGUUAUUGAUGGUGCGGAUACAAGACGUGGCAAAGUCUCUGUGAACAAAAUGUUCGGAGAAAAAAUGUCAGUUUUGGCUGGAGACUACAUCCUUUCCUGUGCUUCCCAGGCUUUGGCAAAGCUUGGAAACAGUGAAGUGGUAGAGUUAUUAGCCAAAGUUGUAGAUGACCUAGUAAAAGGUGAAUUUAUGCAACUAGGUUCUAAAGAACAUCCAGACGAGAGGUUUAAUCACUACUUAGAGAAGACGUACAAGAAGACUGCAAGUUUGAUAGCUUGCUGCUGUAAGGCAGUAAGUUUGUCAUUAUUGUCAUUUCCUCUAGUACUUUUAAGUCCAGCAAAGCUGACUAUACAGUUCACGUAAUAAUGGCGGCCAGUAUUAUAGAUUAAUGUGUAAUAACUACAUCCAUGGUCAAAGCUUAACCCUUUCACUCCCAUGGGGAAAACCACAUGUUUUGUAAAACAGUAACCUUAGACCCAAGAACCACACAUUGUAUACCAUUUGAAAGAUAUUAUCUGUGGGAUACCUUACAGCACAUCAUACUAUCAGCCAUAGAGGAAGCCUCAGUUUUUGUUUCUGUGGGUUGAUGUAAACAUCUAAGAAGCUUUGGGAAGUUCAGGUGUUCAUGUAAUUUUCCAGGGUUUCUUGCAUGUUUCCAUCAGGCUAACACUGAGGGAUCAUUUUCUAUUUCUAUGAUGCAAAUAACAAAAUUCAAUUGUAAUACAACACAGCCAUGUUUACGUACACUGUAGCUUCAUAGAAAAUCACCAAA